GAGUUAAACUUACCCGACUUUUCAAGUAAUGUUCGCUGCUUCGACCGCCCUCGCCGCCUGUGAGCCCAGUUCUGCCUUCUUCGGCUUCAUGGGUAUCACUGCUGCUAUCAGCUUUGCCAAUCUCGGAGCCGCAUACGGUACUGCUAAGUCCGGUGUUGGUAUUUGCUCCAUGGGUGUUAUGAGACCCGACCUCGUCAUGCGAUCAAUCAUCCCUGUCGUUAUGGCCGGUGUCUUGGGUAUCUACGGUCUUAUCACUUCCGUCAUCAUCAACGGUAAGAUGGAUACUCCCGCCACCUACUCUCAGUAUUCUGGCUAUGCCCAUCUCGGUGCCGGUCUCACUGUCGGCCUCUCUUCCCUCGCCGCCGGUCUUGCCAUUGGUAUCGUCGGUGACUCUGGUGUCCGUGCCAACGCCCAGCAGCCCAAGCUUUUCGUCGGUAUGAUCUUGAUUCUUAUCUUCGCUGAAGCUUUGGGUCUGUACGGUCUCAUUGUCGGCCUUGUUGUCGCCUCCACUGCCACUGAGAAGGGUGCCGGUCUUUGCUCUUCCUUCGCUCCCCAGUAAACUGAUACCAUUGAUUCCAGUGAUGAUUUCCUUCGAUGGUUAUUGUCGUGUGAGAAAAAGGCGAUAGAGUGCUACUGCGACUAGUACGCGUUCCCAAUCCAUAUUGGAUUUUCUCUGUAUUUUUAUCACACUAUUGCUUCGUAGCGGAGUGACCGUUGUCGAUGUUGUCGUCGUUAGAUGGUAAUCAGAAUGAUGGUUCGUUCAGCAGUAGAGGAGGAAGAUUAAGACGUUAUCGUUUGUUGUAUACUGGUGCCGAUUCUGAUGCUGCUAGUCAUAGUACGACAGUUCUCAUAUCAUCAUCGUAGCGACAUUGUGG